ACUGUAUAACCGCUUAUGCUUGCAUUACCGGACACACCAGUCGGGUAUUCCCCAGUUUGCACUUCCACUACGCCACAAUCAUACAGUAUCAUCAUCUAUUUGACCGCGGAAAUCUAUGUCAUUAUCCAAGACGCGUACUUUAAUAAUAGUAAUAAUAUUCGGGAGAUUAUGUCAUGCAAUGCUCGAGGACGCUGUCAUUUCUGCUACAAAAAACAUACCAUAUCCGUAUUUGGAAGCGACGAGAUGACUCAUAAAUUUCUACAAAAAAUGAAUUUGAAACUUGGGGUUUUGAACACAGUUUGUUCUCCUUGUAUAACUGAACUCGAAGAUUUUCUCAAAAGGAAUUUUCCCGAUAUACAUUCACCUUUCGAGAAAACAAUCAUCAAGAAAAAUCACAUCGGGACUUUAACGGGCUUUCAGAAUACGAACAAUUUGGAGAUAAAUACGGAAAAGUCACAAGUCGACAAUAAUAUUAAAACAGAGAAAAUUACGGAAACUGAUAUUAAAAUUGAAGAAAAAGUUAAUUCUAUUGAUAUAGAAAAUAAAGCUAGUACUCACAGUUCACAAGUCCGCGAAGAUACUAGAAAUAUACGGAAGAAACAGUUAAUAUGCGAGUUCUGUCAAAAGGAGUUCAAUCACACGGGGGAUUUCAACAAGCACAGAAGGAAGCACACAGGCGAGCAACCUUAUACGUGUAAUACGUGUGGACGAAAGUUUAAGACGUCGUCCAAUCUUGGCAGGCAUCAACAAGUACAUCUUGGGAUAAAACCGUUCUGCUGUAAGAUUUGCGGACGCUCUUACACGCGACAAAUCAAACUUUCUGCCCAUUUAAUAACAAAGCAUUACGAAGCUUUGAAAUCUGAUUAAUCAAUGAUAUAAUAUAAUGUAAUGUAUAUUAUGAAACAGUGAAAUGUAUUUAAAAAAUGUGAUGAGUGUAAAAAAUGUAAGAGUUUA